GCUUAUGGGUGGCCUGUGUCCUAUAGGCUAUCACUGACGAGCUGGCAAAGGGGCACUUUUAAAUGACCGCCACGGGCGCCAUCCAUUCAUGGUAACGGCGUUCAAUUUCUUCCUUCCUUUCCACCAUCUGCUACCGUACUCUUCAAAGUCCUCUCCGGACAGUCCACUCAUUUUCCCCUAUAUAUUUGUGGCUUGAAUGGCACACCUACGUGCAAUUCGUUUGACCCUCUAUGGGUUUAUGCUUGCUUUUGGUAUAAUUCAGACUGCACUUGCAGCAGCAUUGGCGAUCUAUAGUGGCGUCUAUCAGUGGGAUUACAAAAACAUUAAACCACUUUUUGCAUUUUCUACGGCUACGUCGAUCUUUGCUCUGCUUGCCUGGAUAUGGAUUAGUGUUUUAACUUCUUACAACAACAAGACUGGAACCGCCCACGUCCUCACGACCGCAUUUCCACAUUUUCUUUCUGUUACUUUGAUGUCGACCAUCUGGCUUGCUUUCGGGAUCAUGAUUCUGACCGGGACGAAGACCGUCUGCGACUUGGCUCGUGAAGAACCGAAUGGAGAUUUCCCUGGGCUAUGUAUCUUGACGGUCACGACUGGAACGGUCACGAUGGUUCUUUGGCUACUCGCUACCGGUGCAGCUUUCGCUGUACAUUGGACCAUUCGAAAAUCUGGCGACCGUUGGUGCAAAAUUUUUUCUCAAGACGGCGAUCUACGGCCAGAUGAACGUGUUUACGGACCCAUGCCUCGGAAAACCGCCCUUCGUACCACCCUUUAUUCUCUGAUUUUAUUCUUUGCAAUCUGCGAAGAUGUUAUCGGACCAAUGUUUGGAGCUGCUUUCUUCUUUGCCCCUCGAACAACGUUUGCUAUAUUCAAAUUCGUCGCUGCUCUCAUUUCAUUGUUGACCUGGAUAUGGGUAGCUGUUUUGCUGUCUUACAACCGACGGCCCUCAUCAAAUCGUGGCAUUACCAAAGCCGCAGCGCAUUUCUACUCUUUACUGGUCUUGUGCAUACUGUGGCUGGCUGUUGGAAUCAUGUUCAGCACAGAGGCCCACUAUCAAUGCACUGUCAUUCCAGAGAUGGUGUCUCGAUACGAGGACGUAAACGUACAUCUAGACACCCCUACAAUCUAUUGUUCCGCCACUAUCCCAAGCCUUGUUCUGUCGCUCCUGUUGUUCGCCUUGACUGGCGGUGCAGCCUUCUUUGUUUACCACACGACGCGGCAAGCAGGGGCCAGCUUGAUUGACAGCAAUGUCGCACAAUUCGACGGCGAGCUUCCUGAAGCUGGAGAACAGCGUGGAAUGGUGGCUGCAACUACAGGUGCAACUGGUGGUUCUCAGGUCUCGGUCGUGGUUUAAUUGGUAAAUUAGGAGCGUGUACAUCUUUAAUCCAUCUUCGGGACAAUCUCGUGUAUGGGUUUUCUUAUCAUUUGGAAACACUUCCACAUGGCUAUGAAUACUGAACGUUCGUCACAUCGUCAAGUUAUUUCUAUUGACUUUUUACUACGCACGCCGCAUUAGUAGCGAAAUCAUUGAUUACAUGUGGUUUCAGAAUUACGCCCUUCGCC